AUGGCACAGUCUCCCCUCCUUGAGACAAACAGCCAUAAUGCCGGCGAUACCAAAAACAGGAAAUCAAACUGGCGAAGACUAGUAUGGGACUCAUGGGAUAAGCCACCAGAGGAAAGAAAGCUUAUUUUAAAGAUGGAUCUCACCUUGAUGACAUUUGGUUGCUUGAGUACUUUUAUCAAGUAUUUGGACAAAUCGAAUCUCCAAAGCGCCUUUGUCAGUGGGAUGAAGGAAGACAUGUCUUUAUAUGGAAACGAAAUGAAUUAUGCUACAACAGCAUAUGCUGUUGCUAGUAUUAUCGGAUUAUGGCCAUGCAAUCUGACUCUAACACGAGUGAAUCCUAGGUGGUUCAUCCCGUUCCUAGAAAUUGGGUGGACGAUCUUGACAUUUUGUCAGUCGGCUAUGACAAAGGCAACGCACAUGUACGUGUUGAGAGCUCUUGUAGCCAUAUUCGAAACGGGUCAUUUUUCCGCGGUGAUCUAUCUCUGCGGAGCCUGGUACCAGAAAAAGGAACUAGCACGUAGGGUAGCCAUCAUCAACAUUACCACUGCCAUUGGGCCCAUGUUUUCAAGCUAUCUCCAAGCUGCUGCCUACAAUGGACUGAAUGGUGCUCACGGGAGAGCUGGUUGGAGAUGGCUGUUCAUUAUCGAUGGUAUCAUAUCUUUAGGAAUUAUCAUCCCUCAAGUGCUGUUUUACCCUGACGUACCAGCCCGCCAAAAGCCCGAUCGCUUGUUCUCCGAAAGGGAGAUCGAAUUGGCCAGGGACAGAAACCCUAAAGAAGGCAGGGUGAAGCAAGGAGAAUUCACCAUGAAGCAGGUCAAGAGAUGGUUCUUUACAUUGGAUAUUUGGUUGCUCUGGCUCAUCUCUUUCUGCAACGAUAUUUGUCAACAGCCCAUGAACUCCAUGUCUUACUGGUUCAAGGCAUGGAAUACCAUCAAGCCUGGCUCCUACACGGUGGCUCAAAUAAACAACUAUACAACUCCAAUCCAGGCAGUUAUAGUAAUACUUACUAUUAUAAUGGCAUGGAGCAGUGAUACGUUUCUGCAGGGGCGGCGAUGGCCAGCCCUGGUGUUUGCAAGCACUAGUGCGGCCAUUAUAUUUCUCAGUCUAGCGAGCACACCGGUAUUUCCUACACAUCGUGCUGGAAGAUGGAUUCUCUACUACUUGUCAGGAUUUUGUCAAGCAAGCAGUUCUCUGUUCUGGGCAUGGACUCAAGAUACUCUUUCUGGUGACCCAGCCACACGAGCAUUUGCGUCUGCUGGUCUCAAUGUCUGGGCUUAUGUAGCCGAUGCCACAAUCCCUCUUGGAAUUUUCCAAACAGUUGACCAGCCAGGAGUUGUGGCAGGCAACUAUGGAGCUGCAGGGUUUGCUAUCCUACACUCUUUAACAGCAUUGACACUGGCAUAUGUGCAGCACACACGCAAGCAGGGGGAAGCGGACACCAUCGAACAUUCCGACGACAAUGACGCUUCUGAUAGUCAAAUAAACAAGUCCGGUGCCACGGUAGGGACAUUAGCAGUAUGA